AAGUGUUUUCCCUCCAUCUUCCCCAAAAUUCCACCCGCAAUCGAAUAAACCCAUAUCUCAGUCCCAUUAACCCGACCCGAAUCAAGAUGAAGUUCAAAGCGUUCCUGACGGACAACGGCAUCAACCUCUUGGAGAAGAGAAUCCUCCCGGCGCUGGACAAGAUGGGCAAAAUCUGCCACCUCUACUUCACCCGCGACCACGCCUUCUUCCUCCACAACCUCCUCAACGCCGACGGUGUCCAAUCUGUCGCCCAGUUCAAGCAGCAGUCGCUCUUCCACGACUAUCGGAUUUCCAGCCAAAACGACGACAAGAUCGCCUUUUGUAUCGACCUCUCCCUCCUCCACCGCGCCCUCCGCUCCAUCCUCGCCAUCUACGUCGAGUCCAGGGACUUCAAUUCCAGUGGCCUCCAGAUAAAAUUGGUCAAGAAGUUACCCCCGCACUCGACCCAACCGAUGCCGUUUCUGACGUUUGAAGCAAAAGGGCACAAGUCCGCGGUGGUCCAGGACGUGCCCAUUUCGAAACCCCUGUCGCGGGCGGAUGUUCAGGAGCUCCAGCUCGCGCUGGAAAGUGCUCAGGAAAUGCCUGCGACUCUAGUUAGAGCGCCCGAGCUGAAUUCGCUGCAGAAUUUUGUUGAUAGGAUGAAGCACGUUGGGGAGGUUAUGGGGGUCUCCAUAAGUAAAUGCGGAGACUUGCAUUUGCAGAUUUCGACAAGUUUGAUCACAUUGGGGGCUGAGUUUCGGAGGCUUAUGGUUUUAGGGGAGAGGGCUGAUCGGGUGGUGGGGGAUGAGGGUUUGAGUGCUCAGACUAGGAUUGAGAGGGCUGUUCAGAGAGGAGAUGCGAUGAAUGUGCAAGUUAGUGUGAAGCAUUUUUUCAAGUCUCUGCAGUGUAGUUUGGCGAGGCCCGAUGCUGCAUUCUAUGGGAUUGCUCCCCAGGGUGCUUGUUUGAUUGUUAUUUUUCAGUUCUUUGUUCCUGGGACAAGGCAAACGGAUAAAUCUAUAAGUCUGCAUUGUCGGCUCCCUGUGCUCGAUCCCGGUUCUAACUGAUGCUGCAUUCGAUGGGAUUGCUCCCCAGGAUGCUUGUUUGAUUGUGAUUUUUCAGUUCUUUGUUCCUGGGCCAUGGCAAACGGAUAAAUCGAUAAGUCUGCAUUAUCGGCUGCUUGUGGUUGAACCCGGUUCCAACUGAAGCCUCCGGGUGAUGUAGUCCAUCGUGCCUUGCUAAUUUUCAUAACAUUGUCUAUGGAUCUUAUUGAGUUGCAUUUUGCCACGCUCCAGGGCUUCAUCGGCUUCAUGUAUAUAUAGCAGAUGUCAUGAGUGGCUAUGCCGCCGAUUGAUGGAAUGCAUUGUAUGGUGUAGAUUCUCAUGUUACCUCAACAAAACAGAGAGUUGUAAUGUGAUUUCCUGCAUUCCAAGCAGUGGCAAGGGAACUUGGUUGCUAGAGGAGUUUCAGAUAUGCCACUCCUCUUGUUUUGUCAUCAAUGGAACGCAUUGUUAUAAGUUAAAUUAUGAUAUCUGCAUUCUGCGUUCUGUCUGCUUAGAA